AUAAUCGAAUUGUUCUCUGUAAUAAAGUGAACGUUAACAAUUUUGCUGUGCAAUUACAAUUUCCUUAAAAGAUUUUUUUGAGCUCCUUGGGAUAAAACAAGUUUCAGUACACUCUCUAUGAUAACUUUUGAAUUAUAUGUUAAAUACCGUAUAACAAUAACAAAUAUAUAAGAUGUUCCAAAACACACCGUUGGCCAAUACACCCGCCUUAAAAUUUAUCAUAGGUCUUGGUCUAUGUACAAUUGGAGGGGCUAUGCUUUUUGCCUAUUUUAGAGCCCGUGAUGACGACGACUCAGUGGAUGAAUGUGAGAAAAAAAAGAUUGAAAAAAAGAAACCGAAAAUCAUGAAUAUUGAAGUGAAAAUACCUAAUCAGGAUAUACCCUUAAUAGCAGGACGCAGUGGAGCUAAUAUAAAAUCUAUAGAAGAAAAGACCCAAACGAAAAUAAAUUUUAGAGCUAAAGACGAUUCGAGUCAAUUGUGCGAAAUUGUAGGCUAUCCUGAUAAUGUUAAAGAAGCCCGUUCAAUGUUGGCUAAAGAACUGGAGCGUUCUCCAAUUAUUACCCAACAUGUUUACGUACCACAAGAUGUUUGCGGUAAAAUUAUGGGUCGUUGCGGGGAAGCUAUGCAGGAGAUUUGUCGCAUUUCUUUGGCCAAGGUUUCGGUAGAGUCUGGUCUAAAUAAUGUAAACAGCCGUCGCAUUACUGUAACAGGCAAUAAUCGGCAAGUGAACAUUGCCAUCAAAAUGAUAGAAGAUAAAAUUGAGGAAGAUAUGAAAUUGACACAAGCUGUUAAAGAAGCCGAAGAAAUGCGUAUGCCACGCCGUUCGCCGCUCAACAGCAUUACAUCGAGUUUGUAUUCUUCUCAGAAUUCUUUAAGUUCAAAUUUGCCACCUCGCGAAAAGUUAAUGGCUGCUAAAAAUGAUGAAAAGCCUAUGGAAGUCUACGUUUCGGCCAUAGCAACUCCAGAAAAAUUUUGGGUGCAAAUAAUUGGCCCAAAAACGAAGCAGUUGGAUGAUUUGGUUAACAAUAUGACUGAAUACUACAGUUCAAAAGAAAAUCGUAAUAUGCAUAAAAUUGAGGAACCCUAUCUAGGACAAAUUGUAGCAACCGUUUUCAAGCAUGACAAUAAAUGGUACAGAGCUGAAGUGGUGGGAAUUUUGCCUAAUCAAUAUAAUCCGGAGGAAUUGGUAUUGGAUUUGUAUUUUGUGGACUAUGGAGAUAGUGAAUAUGUAUUACCGCACGAGGUUUUCGAACUGCGAACUGAUUAUUUAACACUAAGAUUUCAAGCAGUUGAAUGUUUUUUGGCUAAUGUCAAAACUACGUUAGUAAAUGAUGAUGGCAUGUGGGACACGCGUUCUGUAGAAGCUUUUGAAGAUAUAACCCAAGUUGCUCGAUGGAAAAAAUUAACAGCACGAGUAGUCACCUAUAGGACCUAUAGAGAACGUGCUAAAGCCUACAACAGUAAUACAGACGCUCGCGAGGGUUCUCCUGUACCGGGAGUGGAGCUUUACGACAUACAAGACGGUGUUGAAACGAACGUCGGUCAUUUGAUGAUUUCGCUUAAUUAUGCUUUGCCUGCCAGACACAGUUAUCCACUGGCUCAUUCUCCAAACAUGUACCAACGCAGUCGCAGCAACUCAAAUGAAGUUCUUUCUUCUCCAACAGCGACGCAAUCACCCAGUAAGGAACAACAGCAUUUUGUUUACAAUAAUAGUCAUAUCGAACCCGAGGAUGCUUUAAUUGACGAACAGUUAGAAUACUUAGAAAAAGGCAACAAUAAUUUGUACUUAAAUGGUAAUACAACCUUAUACCCGCCCUCCACAUCCUUUUCUGUUCCUUCAGUGGUUAAUGAAACGAAGUCAAAAAGUGUUAAUCCCAUUAAUGGUUUCCAGGCUAACGAUCACAAAAAAAAACAAAAAUCUUAAAAGCAAUCUAAAAUGAUCAAUAAUGACAACGUAAGGCACUAAAUAUUUUUAUAAAUAUAUAUUUAUAUGCAUAUAUGCAUACGAGAAGUUUUAUUUAUUUAAAAGAGCUUUGAUUUAUGUUAUUUUCCCUUCUUACUUUCAUAUGUACAAUACCGUGCUUAUUUUUACUUCUUUAGAAACAAAAACCGUUUUUUUUGUGAAUAUAAUUUUAUGUUUUUUAAUAAGAUUUUAUAGAACAUAUCUUAUUGCUGUAAAUAUUAGUAAUUUAUUUAAAUCAUAAAAAGUUUACAAAAGUCAUUACCAAUGUUUAUGUUAAAACGAUGGAUUAAUAAACAUGUCGAGAGCUUAUUGGAAAAAAAUAUUUUAUUUAAAAAUAAAAAUUGGAGAUCAGUCACAAAACAUUUCUUCAAUUUUAUAUUUAAACUGAACUGAAACAUAAAUACAAGAAUUGUCCCCUAACAAUUAUUUACGUCUAUAUACUUUUUCUUUUAUAUAAACAUAAAACCACCACACGUUUUGCUAGUUUUUUUUUUUUUUUUAAGAAAACUGAAAAACAAUUCCACUUUUGAUGAUGUUUAAAUGAAUCUAUUUGAUAUAUCAGUUCGAAAUUUUACACGUACUUUUUCCAAUUGUUCUACCAAUUCGACAAUAAUAAUUCUUAGUGGCGUUUAUUUUAUAAACACAACGAAACCCGCUGAUAUGAUAUAACAAUCGAGGAUAUUUAGCAGCAUAUAGCACACGGCUCAAUUGAUAUAAUAAUGAUGAUUUUCGUCUUAUCAGCUAUCACUAAUGUGGAUUGUGAGAAACUGAGCAAGGUUAUGCCAUCUAAUGGUUGGUUUUUGUUCCAAUGGAUAGAUUUGGACACCAUUAGCUUUACUUAUUGAAUUAUUUAUUUUUUAAUUAUUAAUUUUAUUUUAUGAUUGAAAAAAUAUAUAUAAAAAAAUAAAAUUUUUAAAACAUGUUUGCAAAUAAAAUAGUCUUUAGAACAAAUCGUUUUUCGACCUCAUUGAAAACCAUAAGUUUUAAUUGAAAACCUUUACUACUUUAAGAGAAACCCACGCGUUUUGACGGGGAACUGUAGACUUUUACCAGCAAACUAUGAACAGAUGAAUAAUUUUGUUCUUCUUCAAGACGAAGGCUUUAUGCUAUUCGGUACCUCUAUUCCCUCUCUAUUAGCUGGAGCGUCACUGUUUUUAUUCAUAUUUUAAAGAAAGGUGAACUGUUUAGUGCCAAUGUUGUGCUAUUUCCAUUAAAUUUAACUUAACAAUCAAAUGUUAGUGGUCUCUGCAAUAUUCCACUGGUCAUUUUCGCAAACGGAAGAUUUCCACGCCUUUUGGGCCUCGCGGUAUUACAGCAGACAUCAGAUUUAUAAAAUCCGGUCGACGCGGUCAUUACGUGGUGGAGUCCAGAGCAGUUUUUGGACUGUCUUGCAUAUUCCCCAUUGGCAAAACGUUGUAUCAACGAAUGCAACUGAUCGGCAAAUAUCGUAAAAUAAUAUUCAUGUAUUGAUUUAUGUAUAGUUGUUAAUCUAGUGAAAAUUAUCAUUUCUAAGUGACUUACUUCCCAUCUAAAUCGGUAUCAAAAUAUGGUUUUGGCUGUUUUUCAAAUUCCUUAAAAUUUCUACUCUCAAAUCCCGUUUUUAUAUACUCUUCCUUCGAAUUUUUCGCAAUGUUGUUGUUCUAAUAUAAUUUUCGAUAAUUUCCUAAUAAAGACGAAAAUGAAUGGCAUGGCAAACGUAUAAAUAUGGCACUCGGGUUUUCGGAUUUAAAAUUUUGUACACUUUCGCUCUUUGCUGUUAAAUGAUUACCUAUUGAUUUCCUUUUUCCAAAACUUCCGCUUGAUUGGUACCAAAAAGAAGAAAUUAGUAACACAAAACAUCAUCAUCAUCAUCAUCAUCUUUACAGACUGAAAUCAUGCAUUUACAAAUAAGAAGACAAAGGCGAGAUUACCAAGAAAACUAUGUGAAUCUGGGUAUCCUUGGCAAGAAAUGAAAUAUAUGCAAUUCUGAGUAAUAAAAAUGCACUUACCGCCAAUGCUCUUAUGUUAUUUUAUUUUUAAGUUACACUUUUUUAUACUUUUUAUUUAAACUUUUAUUUGU